AUGAGAAGUAAAUCAGAGGAUGAGGAGAAAGGCAUCCUUGAUAAUAUGAAAUUGACAGUAAUCCAUAAGGAUAUCCAGGAAGACGUACAGGCAUUUGUAGCAGACACAUGUUUAUCUUAUAAGGAAAUAGUCCCUGAAGUAUACGGGAAAUUGGCGAAGGGCCUGAAGGAUUCUUUAGACUCUAAGUUUAAGCCAGGCUGGAACGUAAUUGUAGGGGAAAAUUACACUGGGUCAUGUUCUGUUGCAAAGAAUCAUUUCUUAGAGAUAAGUAUAUGCAAUAUACAUGUCCUUGUGUUUAAGUCGCAGAGAUGA